AAUAGCUUAGCUUUGUUUUGUUACGUUACUAUCACGUGAUACAACGUUGAGUUCAGACACACGCUGGUUGGUCAACGCUAAAAAUAUGCCACCUAAGAAAAGGACACGUGGGAAUGGGAAUGCAAGAACAACAAAGUCACGGGACGAUGAGCAGGCAGUAAAUGAUGGCCAGGGGGAGUACUCACCUUCAGAAGAGCCUGGCUCAAGAGUCAGAGGUAAAAGAAAGGCAUCGACCCGUGAGAUGCCUAAGGAGAAUGUAAGAACAAAAGAACCCCCUAGCCGUCCACAGUACUGCCACUGGUUGAUGAAGUCAGAGCCUGACAGUCGGUUUGAAAACGGCAUAGAUGUGAAGUUUGGCAUUGAAGAUCUGAAGGCUCAACCAAACCAAACCGGGUGCUGGGACGGUGUCAGAAACUAUCAAGCACGCAACUUCAUGAGAGACAUGAAAGAAGGACAGCUUGCCUUCUUUUACCACAGCAACUGUAAAGAGCCUGGAGUAGCUGGUCUAAUGAAAGUCGUAAAGGAAGCAUACGUGGACCACACUCAGUUUGAUAAGAAAGAUGUCCAUUAUGAUCCCUCCAGCACGCUAGACAAUCCCAAAUGGAGUAUGGUGGACAUUCACUUUGAAAGGAUGAUGAAGCGUUUUAUCCCUCUGUCAGAGCUAAAAAAGUACCACCAGCAGCACAAGGCUAAAGGAGGGCCGCUGAAGGACAUGUCUCUGUUCACAAGAGCAAGACUUUCCGUCCAACCCCUUACUACUGAGGAAUUUGAUUUUGUCUUGAGUUUGGAGAAUCAAGAGCGGUCUUGAAAUGACAUGGAGAUGAUGACCAACUGGCAUAACCUGAAAACACUCAGAACUACUAACUCAACUCAUGUGUAUACUGAUUGUAAACAUUGUCAUAAAUACCAAAUUGUGUUCUUAUACCAAA